UCACGUGGGAGGUGGGCUGCCCGUAUAUAAGGGCGGACAGGGUCGGUGCCUGCCGCCAUUUUGUCCAGUGAGGAAAAGCGGAGCGGGAGUCUCGGUGAGGGUCGAGUCGGCUGCGAGCUUAGCGCGGGCUCCCUUCGGGCGCCCUCCCUCUUAGCAUCGCGAUGCAUCGUGACUCUUGUCCGCUGGACUGCAAGGUUUACGUGGGUAACCUUGGAAACAAUGGCAACAAAACUGAACUAGAGCGAGCUUUUGGCUACUAUGGACCACUGCGCAGUGUAUGGGUGGCAAGAAAUCCUCCUGGCUUUGCUUUUGUGGAGUUUGAGGAUCCACGAGAUGCAGCUGAUGCAGUAAGAGAACUAGAUGGAAGAACCCUCUGUGGGUGUCGUGUCAGAGUGGAGCUCUCCAACGGUGAGAAGCGGAGUCGGAACCGUGGUCCACCCCCAUCCUGGGGCCGGCGUCCUCGAGACGACUACCGCAGAAGGAGUCCUCCUCCCCGCCGCAGAUCGCCACGAAGGAGAAGCUUCUCUCGUAGCCGCAGCAGGUCCCUCUCCAGAGACAGAAGAAGAGAGCGGUCACUCUCACGGGAGAGGAACCACAAGCCCUCUCGUUCCUUUUCCAGGUCUCGCAGUCGUUCCAGGUCAAACGAGAGGAAAUAAGACUGUGAGAAGGAGCUGUGUACAGGAAGCCCUUAGAUCUGAGGCCAGGAGGAGUAUGUACAGAACAUUGUUUUGUUUUGAAACUUCAUAAAGCUUGGUGCAUUUUUAAAAUGUUUUAGCUGUUGAACUCGCUUUGUUCCUUGUAUCUUGUAACAGGUGGCAAAUGUAAAGAUGUGAAUCUGUAUAUGGUUCUGAGCAGAUCAUAUGAUUUGUAAUACGCCCUUUACAAUGUACCAUUACACACGGGGUGUGCUUGUGCCGAGUCUAGGCAGUGUGUGUUGCGUGGGUAGAAGAAUGCUUCAGGUCUUGAUGUGCUGGGUGGGGGUUGUGCUAGGGUUCAGCUCUUGGGAGGAGGGGGGCAAGGAAGAGGUGUUCACUGUGUGAGUGUGGCCGGGAGCGAUGUCUGUCUGUGCUGAAAAAGAUGUAGAUGCUUCAUAGGAGAGUUGUCAAACAGUCAGGAGCGGGGAGUGUGUGGAGGGAAUGACGGAGCUGCAGCUGUAUCCAGAGCUCUGGUUCUGACUUCCAUUACCUGGAACAGAGCUGCUUUAUAUGCUGUGAAAUAUAAACUUGUAGCCGUAGGGUCAGUUGACUUUGUACUUUAUGUCAUUAGAGUACUCAACUAGGUGAUUGCUGAUUGCCCAUCUAUUCCAGAACCUCUGAACAGACCAAAUACACAGCAGAACUGACAACUGGAGUGGAUGUCUUGGGUGUGUAAUGGUACAUUGGGAAAGCUAUGAUUUAAACAUUUCUUUACUGUAUAAGAAUUUUCAUGUCACUUGUAAAAUGUCUUUUGUGAGAUCCUUGGGAUUAAAGUUUUGGUUACAA